CGCCUGUUCCGCUGCUCCCGCUUCCGCUACCGCCGGUAGUUGCCCGCUUGCUCCUGCCCCUGUGGUCGCCUGCUGCCGCGAUGCCGCUGGAGAACCUGGAGGAGGAGGGUCUGCCCAAGAACCCCGACCUGCGCAUUGCGCAGCUGCGCUUCCUGCUGAGCCUGCCGGAGCACCGCGGGGACGCGGCGGUGCGCGACGAGCUGAUGGCGGCCGUGCGCGACAACNACAUGGCUCCUUACUACGAAGCCUUGUGCAAGGCCCUGGACUGGCCGGUGGACGCGGACCUCGUCGGCAAGAUGAAGAAGGCGAACGAGGAGGAGCUGAGGCGCCUGGACGAGGAGCUGGAAGACGCCGAGAAGAACCUGGGGGAGAGCGAGAUUCGGGAUGCCAUGAUGGCGAAGGCCGAGUACCUGUGCCGCAUCGGGGACAAGGAGGGAGCUCUGGCAGCUUUUCGAAAGACUUACGACAAAACCGUGGCCCUGGGUCACCGGCUGGAUAUUGUGUUCUAUCUCCUUCGGAUUGGUCUCUUCUACAUGGAUAACGACCUCAUCACGCGCAACACAGAGAAGGCCAAAAGCUUAAUCGAGGAAGGAGGAGACUGGGACAGGCGGAACCGCCUCAAAGUGUAUCAGGGUCUUUACUGCGUGGCUAUCCGCGACUUCAAGCAGGCGGCUGAACUCUUCCUGGACACUGUUUCAACAUUUACGUCCUAUGAGCUCAUGGACUACAAAACGUUCGUGACGUACACUGUCUACGUCAGCAUGAUUGCCCUAGAGAGACCAGAUCUCCGGGAAAAGGUCAUCAAGGGGGCGGAGAUCCUGGAGGUGCUGCACAGCCUGCCCGCGGUGCGGCAGUACCUGUUCUCGCUCUACGAGUGCCGCUACGCGGUGUUCUUCCAGUCCCUGGCCGUCGUGGAGCAGGAGAUGAAGAAGGACUGGCUCUUCGCUCCUCAUUAUCGGUACUACGUGAGGGAAAUGCGGAUCCACGCCUACAGCCAGCUGCUGGAGUCCUACAGGUCCCUGACCCUCGGCUACAUGGCGGAGGCGUUCGGGGUCGGCGUGGAGUUCAUUGAUCAGGAGCUGUCCAGGUUUAUCGCCGCGGGGAGACUGCACUGCAAAAUAGACAAAGUGAAUGAAAUAGUGGAGACCAACAGACCUGAUAGCAAGAACUGGCAGUACCAAGAAACCAUCAAGAAAGGAGACCUGCUGCUAAACAGAGUUCAGAAACUUUCCCGAGUGAUCAACAUGUGAAGCUGUGUCCUCCGGGGCAGUUGCAUCGCGUUUUUAAGCCCGUUCACUGCGUGUGCUGUCCACCCGAGUGAAAUAAAUCCUGCGCUUUCUGUCGU